CAGGGGCAGACUGACCAUUCAAGCACUCAGGCACUGCCCAAGGGCCCAGGGUCAGUAGGGGACCCCAUGAGAUGCCCCUGAUACCUUUCAUUGGCUUUAUUGGGUGUAGGCAAGGACACAGGGGCCCCAUGAUCCCCUAUUGCCCAGGGGCCCCAUGAGUUGUCAGUCCACUCCUGGUCAUAUCCGACCCUUGGCGACUUCUUCCAUGAAUUCUCUUAGCAAUUAUUUUUUACAGGGUAGGUUGCCAGGAGAUCCCACAGGGCCAGGGAUGAAACUAGGACAAUUU